GAAAUCUAGUGAAUCUAGCUACAACUAUUUUUGUGCAAUCCCUUAUCCAGUCUUUCUCCAACCCAGUCUUAAUGGUAACCAAGCACUGCCCAGUGGUCUUCCAUGUACCUUAUGCAAUGGACAGCAUGCAAUGUAUAGUCCGCAGCAUGCUUAUGCUACCCUUAUACUGAUUGCUUUUGCUACGACAGACUUCCGCAGCUGCUCUGUUCAGGAGGUGUAGGAUGGGGCAGUGCAUUCUGAGGCCUGCUGCUGCCUUUGUCUGUGGCCUUGGAUGAAUCACCUGGGUUACGUUUAUCCCUCCCUGCGUCAGGCCUGUUCGUUUUUUUCCAGAAGGCCUUGGAGUCUGCCAGAGCAUUCUGGGAAAGAUGAAUAUCUUGUAAACAGGCAGCCUGUGGCCUUGGAGCCGCGUGGAGCCCUCUCUGCCUAAUUUCUACCCAGGUGCUUGGCAGGCAGGAAGAAAGAGAGGCCUGCUCCUCCUGCUUUUUGGGUUCUGUCCUGUCCAUCUGACAGGAUCUCUUGCAAAGGAGUAGUGGCACUUGACAGGCAAUGAUGCGUUCCCUGCCUGCUGGUAUAAAAGGGCGAGUUCCCUCAGGCUUCCUUGUCGCGACUGGAACUCCUCUACUUCCCUGUUGUUGCUUCUCUGUCCCCUGGUUAGUGAUCCGUUAAAGCCAGGACAGAUACCCGGAACGUCUCCUUCCUGGCCCUACCUCACUGGGGUGGUAGGCAGGUCACGCUGACCCAGAUUUCAGCACAGCAUACCUGCCGGUGCCUCUCAGGAAGUCUCCUCCUCUGCCUGCGUUAAUCAUAAAUCCACCCCAAUCUCCUUGGUAACCCAAGCGGGGGCUUGCCUUGUGUUUCUCACUCUGUGGGACAUCCUUCGGGGUGAAGGUCGCUUGCUUGAUGGCUCCCUGCUUGAGGGGGGGGAGCCAUCUCCCUGCCGGGGGCGGGUGAUGAACCUGCCACUCGCACGGUGAGUUCCUGGGAUCUGACAAGGGAGGAGAGACAGACACACAAAGAAAGGGAAAGGGAACGGAUGCUUCUCCUUGUAAGUCUCUUCUUCCUUAAUACCUUUCCUCCACUGCUGAAUUCCCUUAGAAAUAAACAGCUUGCCACAUAAACCAUGCCCUCCUCCCCUCUCACUUGUAACUUGACCCUCCUUGUGGGCCUAGAGUUAUUUUUAACCUCCCAUUGACCUGCAUAACUUUUUUAUUGUUGUUCAUUAAACUAUGCCAGUCUGGAGAUAGGAGGCCUUGAAUUGGCUCACGGUUUCGGCAUCCCCUGGAUUAAGCGCUGCGAGUCCUCCCACUUGCUUCCUGUCCUUCAGUUCAGGUAGCACUUUGUCCAACCUCCUCCUCCUCUAUUUUUCUCCUAACCUGCAUCUAGAUCCACUGGCAGUGGGAGAGCUCUGCUGGGCAAGGUAAGUGUUCCUCUGGCAUUCCCUCUCCACAUUCGGGAGUUUGGCUUGCUGGGAGGUAGAACACGUCCUGGAAACUUUUAAUUACAGCCAGUCUAAUCCUGUAACACUGAAUCUUGCUGUCUCAAUGCAUCCUCCUUUUAAAACAGAGCCAUAAAGGAGGGAGGGAAGUUUUUGUGGGAAACUUGAGACAGGAGGGAAGAACGCCUUUUUGACUGACAGAAGUUGGGACCAGAAGGUGAGGGAGAGUAAGUUGCCUUCAGAGAAAGAUUGCAGAUUCAAUCUAUAGAACUGAGAAGCAAGUGUUGGGCAAAAUCCUUCUGGCUAGAGACAGAUCAUCACAGUGGAUAAUACUGAGCAAAGUGGACCGAUGAUCUGGAUUAGGCUCACACAUCUUCCCAUUUUCAAGGAGUAGAAGCUAUUAGAUAGUAAACAAUUUGCAAGCAGGGUAAGCUCUGGGGUCCCCAAUGUGUCACUCAUGAUCAUCAUAGUGCCCUCCUCUUGGUGCCAGCCAAGAUCCCCUGACCCCAUUUUUUUAAAGAAAUUGAGGCUUUUUGUGAUGAGGAGAGGGUUUUUUUUUUUUGCGGGGGAGACAUUGCCUGCUUUUUGUGUCACUUUUAUUUCUUUUGAGUGGGUAGGUGUUUAGUCUGGUUUCUGGGGAUGAGGGAGGGGUGUCUGAGCAUCACCCAUUUUUCUUCAGUGAAAUGGGUAUUCUUAGAUUUCUGACUGUUUGCUCAGAUUGAAAAGGUUGGAGACCCUGGCUAUAUGCUAUCCCCUUUCACUUUGUGGUGUUAAUCGGAAGGGUGGCCACCACCUUCCCCUCUGCUUACAAUUGCAGAAGCACCCACUACACCAAAAUGAAGUCCUUCCACCACCCCAUCCUGCUAUGAUUGCGCAUAUGACAGGAUAGUUGAAGGAAUGUAUAAUCCGUAUUAAGGGACACUGAGUAUGGCCUGUAUGCUUGUUUCUGUAGCAGAUAGAUCAGGAACGGAGAGAGGAAAUGUUGAAGUUUUGUCCCAAAAUCCGAACCACAAAUUGACCGGGUGGAACAAGAGGGAAAUCACAGCUUUUCUUUGGGUUCUGAACACCAUGCAUAGAAACUGCCUGCAUAUCGAUCACCUAUGGAGACAGUACCUCCUCCUGCUGCUUGUCGGCUGGGGGUGCUCUGGGACAGCCGCCUGGCACCAUCUUGCUUGCCUCCCCAUGUCUGCCUCUACCCCACAUCCCGUCCUCGGCUUCUGGGAAUCACUGCGAAAAGGCACCGGAUGCACCAGCCGGGGCCGCUCUACCCUGGGGCAAGAAGUCCAUGUCAUCAGCCUGAAGAAGGGAUUGCCGGCAAAUGGCCAGGUAACUCUGAUAACUCUGGACCCAGAUCCCCACGACAGAGGCCCCAUCUUUGUGCUGUAUUCCCGGAAGCCUGUGCGUUGGGUGUUGCUGUCUCCCCCUGGAAAAAACUGGACCUUCCAGGUCUCCCCUGGCUCUAAUGUUUCAGCCCCGGGGCCAGUGGCUUCUGCUGAGACCAACUUACCAAAGACGCCCAAACGCCUGCUGAAGUGGGCACGGAGGGAGCAUGGAGGGGUCACCUCUCUGGCUGAAUACCGUGGAGUCAACAGAAUCUACACACGCCUGGGGGCUGGCAUGGGCAAUGAAGAUAGGAUUGCCCCAGCCGCUUGCAGAUUAAGUAGGAAUUUCCUGACCCCAGUGCACUUUGCCUCCAAGUGCCAACUCCAGCCUCUGAGAGUUUGCCUGCAUCCUGACCCUCCGCAAGUCCUUGAAGUUCACAUCAUCCUCUCCAAAGGAGUUGCACCAAGCCUGCUCUCUUCUAGGCCCACCCUGGCUCAUUUGACUGUGGAACUUCAUGCUGUCCGAAGGCCCCCCCACUGGGGACUGAUCUUGAUACUGAAGAGUGAGGGAGCUGCUGAGUGGAUGGUUCACACCCACCGCCUCACUGGCCGGCUGCAUGUCCUGGCUUCGCACAAAGUCACAGUCAGCAGCACAGAAAUGGAUCUGCCUCUGACUGUGACCCAGAGGACGUCCCCUCGGCUGACGACCCUCGACCCUUUGCAGUUUGCAACGGAGCAGAAUCUGCCUGCCUUUACAUCCUACGUUGAGGCUGAGCGGGUGAACAGGUUUCUCCUUUUUGUUGGGAUGAAUGGGGCCACACCUCCUCUAGAAGAGCCAACACUAUUUUGGCCCAUAUUUCUGCAUCCUCCCAGUUUCACAGCCUCUCAACAGGACUUUGCAGAAGCCAACACAGCUGGCUGGGAGGUGACAAGGCAAGACUUUGGGGGAGAGGAUGGUUCCGUUACCUACCCACCGUCUACAGCCAAAACAGAGGGGACAGAAUCUAUCUUGUGUCUUGGGGACCAGAAGCCUAUUCUUGAAAACCAGGACACUCAGAGAGUCUCCUGUGUUUCGCCUUCUCCAACCCAGAUAUCUCCCUCAGAAGCUGCAACGGCCUUCCAGGAUCCCCACCUUCACCUUGGCAAUGCCCUCCUUAACCUAGAGCUCUACAACACAGAGGCUUUUGCCAAGCAACGUGGACCUUUUGUCGUCUCAGCCAACAGCCUUGUCUUUGUGGAGGCUUCCUUGGCAACCUAUGACUCAUCUCUCAGCUUCACCAUCCAGAAGUGCUUCAUCUCUAGCUCCUCAGAUGCUUCAGAAGCCUCGGCGUAUCUGCUGGUCCAGCAUGGCUGUCCUGUGGCCGCUGCCCAAGUCAGGCUGUGGAAACCCAAGCUGCCAGGCCAGGCCCAGGCACUGCCUCUGGGGUACCAGGAACGCCAGCGACUGAGCUUUGUGUUGAAACCGCGGUCCAAUGCCUCCAUCCACUUCUUGCACUGCCGUCUGACGCUCUGCAGCAGGGGGUCUCAGGACUCCGCCAGACCCAAGGGUGCAAUCCCCAAGUGUCAGUCUGAGAACGAGGCCUGCAGGGGAGAAGAGGAGGCGGUCCCAAGCCGCUUCCAGCGCACCAUCACAAAGCCUAUGCUAGUGACUGUGGAGACUCCGCUCCGAGCUGCCUCUCCUGGCCCAAAACCAGCCAAUGUCCCAGACAAACCACAAGGAAAAGCACCAAAGGAUACAGCCCACAAGCGGAAGACUCAGGUAGUCCGAACUGCAGCUGCUCCGGGCCAGACGGUCCCAGCAGUAAUUGGGAUAGCUAUUGCAGCCUUCCUCAUCGGCAUCUGCCUCACUAUUGGGCUCUGGUUCAUUUACACCUAUACAGGUGAGUCGGCUUCCGGGAGGAGGAGCCAGCCUGCAGCUGAGACCGACCCUGUAGGACCAUCUGCUCCAAAGCGUGAAGACACUUUGUCAGCUCCAGCUGCAGCUGGCCCUGCACGUCGCUCGUGGUGCUCUACCCUAAGAAGCCUCUACCGAAGAAGUGAGGGAACCGCCAGAAGGACCUCGGCGCUGGAGCUCAGUGUCUGGGCAGAAUGACGGGGGUGGAGACGCUCCUUCAGCUAUACUGGACCGAGGCUGUUUAGGGCUUUAAAGGUUCUAGGAUGUUUUUCCUGUGACCAAGCACCUGUUUUGGUGAAUCUGCUUGCAUUCCCCUGUACCAGCAACUCUUUCAGGCCACAACAUCUUUAUGGCUUCAGUCCAGCAGCACAACCGAUUCUGAAUCAAUACCUUUCGACACUGGAAAACCUCAGACUUUAAGCUUUAGCUUAAAUAAGCAAUUGUGUUUUCUGGCAGUUGUAUGGGACUUUCAUUGAUUUGGGCAGCUGCCUGGAGAGAGCUGUGCUGCUUCUUCAUUGAGUUUUGCUCUUCGUUUCUGCACUGCCGAGUGUGGACUAAAAGGCAAACUCGGGCUCAAAUCUUCGCAGAAUGUUUGCACUACUUCCUAUCAGGUCUGCAGUUUCCCUCACCUUUGGGGAAGCUCUUAGCUACCAUUGUGGCCUUGCAAUCGCUCUUAGGCCUGCUUCAGCACUUUGGGAGAAGAAAACCACUGUUGGAUUUGGCUGACAUUGCCACUGGGGAUUUGGUUUUUGCUUCCUAUCUGACUACAGUAAUACCUUGUACUCUCUUUGUAGGAAUGUUAUGUUGUGAUAUAAAUGCAAGUUUUCAUGCCAUUGCCCAGCUUCACAAGGAAACAAAGCUGAUUGCUCCACAAAAAGAUUCAAAUUCUGAAACCUUUUGGGUCUUUUUUUUAGUUAACCACCUUGCAAAUGAUAGUUUCUCCAGUUUUAUUAAACAGAUGUGCAAUAGA